AUGCCCACAGACAAGACACCGCUCCCCGACAUUCCUCCUCUCGCUCUCGCCCAUACCCUCCACUCCCUCGACCUCACCUUCCCGUCAGGAUGGCUCAUCGAACAUCGGGAACACGUGGCCCGCAUCGUGACCCGUCUGCAGGCAUUCCCCGCCCUGCGCACCCUGUGCCUUCGCAUCGAUGCCACCAUCGCUUUUCAAGAAAAAAGCGCACUACAUCUGCCGCCAUCUUAUCCGCGCGCGACGCUGCCGAACAUCCGUAACCUUACAAUCCUCAGUUGGAGCCCACAGCCCGUUCCGGAAUGCCCCCACGUCGAGGAAUUGACACUCGGUCGAAGUGAGCUGUACUGGCAGAGCGCAGCGGGUCUUCGGUGGUCUCCACUACACGCCCUGACCAUCUUGUACGACGAUGACUACGACUGGCCGACUCGGCGCGGGGCUUCCUGUAUCAAGCGUGCAAGUCGUUUAUGGUUCAACUCCAGUCGUCCCAACGAAUGCGGCAUCGAGCAAUACGAACACGACACCGGCAAACUGUAUUGGGAAGAACUCCCGGGUCUGUCGACGUUCCUGUUCUCCUGUACGCUCCUCUGGUUCCUCGACCUGUCGGGCGUACAAACGGGCCGCAACCCGGAGGGUUUCACCGACAACGAAACCGCUCUCGCCCGCGUCGCCGCACGCCUGCGCUCCCUCCACAUCGACGUCCACCCCUCCGCCCUCCUGAAGGACGCCUCGUGGGACACGUUCGCGGUGCUCGCCGCCGCGCCGCUCGUGCACCUCACCCUCGUCCUCGCCCCGCGCGACCACAAAUCCGACGCGGAGGUUCCGAGCAGCUGGGCCGCCGAAGAGCUUGCACGCGUGCGAGUCGCGCGGGAGAUCCCGCGGCGCCUCGCGGAAUCGAUCGCGACGCUGCGCGUGCUACAGGUCGGAGACGCGAUGCCGCACGCGGCCUGGCUGCCCCCGCAGAAAGUCCAGCGCGCAGAUGACGAGGAUGACGGGAGCGACGAGAGCUGGCGGAGCUGUCUCAGAGAGAUGGCCGAGAUGGAAGUGGUGCGGCGACGGCGAUGGUGGUGGAUCGAGAGGAAGGAUGGCAGCGCGGCGAUGACGGAGAUGUGGCGGGAAGACGGGGAGAGGGCGCGUGACUUGGUAGAAGAGGAUGGAUUUGACCGCGCGACGGGGCUUGACGGCCGCAAGAUCCCUAACAUCGAGCACGUCCAUGAUCAACAGACGCCUCGCGCACGGCCACCGCGCACGAACGCGAGGCGCGGAACCACGUCGAUGCCACACGCCAGAGGCCCUUCUGCGCCGUCGCCCGAUGGAGCCACGGUCCUGACGAACACCUUUCGCCCGACAGAACGCCCCUCCGACCGUGCUCGUACGGUCGCGGCCGCCCCGCUCGUGCACCUUGGUCCCGUUCUCGUCCCCCGCGACCCCGCGAGUGACGGAGGCGUGCCGCUCAGUCGGGGCGCACGCGCGGGAGCCCUCGCAGACGUAAUCGCGAUCACGACGCUCCGCGUGCGGCAGAUCGGGGACGCUGAACCUGAGAGAGAGGCGGAACGCUUGGUCGCUGGAGUCAAGCCCGGGCGGCGCCGGAGGUGGUGGUGGAUCCAGCGGAAGAAUGCAGUGUGGGAAGACCGCGAUGGCGGAGGUCGGGCAGGAAGACGGGGAGACAGUGCGAGUUUGGCUUCCUCGUGCCGAGAUGUGUCUAUGGUCCUUGAUCAUGGGAGUGAAAGUGGGCGGCGCGCCUUCGGACGCGCGGGAGGCAGAGCGCAGCGACGCUACUGUUCGUACACACGUUUCCGCGAGAAGAAACCUGGGAAGACGACCGGUCAGUCUGAGUCCGUCGCGUUUAGAAGAGCGCUCCAGCGCACCAUCGAGGCCCGUCUCGCGAUUGAAGUCCCGGUCUUCGAUGAUGUCCCGAGCCUCCUCGCCGUCCUCGCGCCAGAUUUCGAUCAUCUCGGCGCUCCCGCCUCUGCGCUCGAUCCACCACCACCGCUCCGGUCGCGCCAGUUCCCUAGCAAUCUGCCGAAGUAUGGGCUCUGUUCUGUUGGCCCUUCGUCGGGGGUGCCCGAGCUCGUCUUCGUCUUCGUCUUCGUGAUCAGUUCCGUAUUCGUCUUUGUCAACUCCUUCGAGUGCCCGCAGAUGAUGAUCCGUAUCCCGGAUCAUGAAGACGCGCAGGGUGGGGACCGACGCGACUAA